GCUGCUGCCGCCGCCGCCGAGAGAGGCUGAGCGGGCCAGAGGAGGAGGGAGUUGGGCGUGCGUGCGUGCGGGCGGCGGCGGCGGCAGCUUUUCGCCUGUUCGUCUGGGGCUGAGCAGGGAAGACGGCGCCGAGUUUCCCGUCCUGACUAAGCGCGGGGCCCGUUUUCCGCAGGUCGCUGUCGCCAAGAUGGAGGAGGCGGGGAUGGCUGCGCCGCUGCUGGAUACGGCGUAAAGGUGCGAAGGGCCGGUGGGCUGUCCGGGAUCGGCGCGUUUGCUCGAGGCAGCAGCGAAGGGCGCUGAGGCGAGGCGAUGCUGUCGGUCUAUGGAAUAUUGCUGUCAGCUCUGCUGGGCUCCUUCCUCACGCUGAUCGCCCAGCUCUUUCUCUUUUAUCGGAGACAGCCUGACGCCGCGAACGGGGAGUCCCGGGUUCGCAGGUCCCACUUCUUUGUUACCAGAGUAGUGCCCGACUCGACCCUCAAGGAGUACUUAACCGGCAUCCUCAUGUUGGGGCAGGAAGUGUUUUUCCCCGGAUCUUUUGGAUCUUCCAAAAGCGAGCAGGACUUCAAGCCCCCGAGCCAGGAAUCUCCCCCCUUGGUGGAGUGUACGGAGGAGACCCUCUACUGGCUCAACGCCAUCUGCCUCUUUCUCUUCAGGGAACUCAAGGACACCUCCUUGAUCCGGCACUGGGUCACCAGGAAAAUCAGGGUAGAAUUUGAGGAGCUUUUGCAGACAAAAGUGACUGGCAAGGUGCUAGAGGGUCUCAGCUUGCGGGAUGUCUCCUUUGGGAACGUCAUCCCCCUUUUUAAAAAUAUCAAGAUAUUGCGGCCAGUGACAUGUAAUGAGGACGGCUGUCCGGAGGAGCUGGACUUUGAAGUUGACAUGGAGUAUGAUGGGGGCUUCCACUUAGCCAUUGAUGCAGACCUUGUUUUUGGCAAGUCAGCAUAUCUGUUCGCCAAAAUCUCUAGAAUUGUGGGUCGGCUGAGGCUGGUCUUCACCCGUAUACCUUUCACACACUGGUCCUUUGCUUUUGUCGAUGAACCUUUGAUUGACCUUGAAGUCAAGUCGCAGUUUGAAGGGAGACCCUUGCCGCAACUUACAUCCAUCAUUGUCAAUCAGUUCAAGAAAGUUAUUAGACGCAAGCAUACAUUACCUCACUAUAAAAUCAGGUUCAAACCAUUUUUUCCAUUUCAAGUUGUGCCACCCGAAGAAUAUAGAGACCGGAACCUCAGUAUACAAGGUUUCUCACUAACGGAAGGAAGACUGAAAGUUUCUUUAAUAGAAUGUUCAAGAUUAUUUAUUUUUGGAUCCUAUGAGGGAGAAAUAAAUAUUCACUGCACAAUUGAAUUAAGUGACAAAUUUUGGGAAGACAAAGAAAGGACUUUCAUCAAGACGGCAGAACUCAUAAAAGGAAAUUCACCAAGUAUUGGACUCACUCUGCGUCAAAUACAGGCUAAGGAAGGAGAAACAGGUCAUGUUGUCAUUGAAACGGUUACACCAAACUCUGCUGCUGCUGCUGCUGAUCUUCAGAGGGGCGACAGGCUAUUAUCUAUUGGAGGAGUCAGGAUUACAUCAACAGUACAAGUAUUAAAACUUAUCAAACAGGCUGGUGAAAGAGUCACCAUAUAUUAUGAGAGACCAGUUGGCUAUAGUCAGCAGACUUCAUUAACCCAAGAUAACAUUCCGCAGUUGGAAGAGUCAACAUUUUCAGAUGAAUAUUUGCUGAAUGAAAUAGAUAACAAAGAAUUAGAUAUAGAAUUUGAAGACCUGGCAAAUGCACUAAAGUCAAGUGAACUGAAAGAUGAUUCUUCAAGCAGUCCCAAACACAUACCAGUUUCACUUGCUGGUAAACCACCUGCAACUCUAUCUCCAGUGUUAAAUCGCAAGUUACAUCUAGGAAGUCAUCAGGCAUCUUCAAGGGUACUUUUCAAGGAGACAUCCAAACAAGCAAUACACAAAAGUCCUGAGAACCUGGAUAUAAGUCAGCAGACAAACAAACAGCCACAGUUAAAUAUAACCAAACCACCUGUACCUCCCAGACCACAGAUUAAAGUGUCAACAGUUUCUAGUGAAGUUCAAAAUAAAUUAGAAACUGGCGAUUUAUCUUCCGAGAAAGUGGACAAGCUCCCUCUUCCUGCCAAUAAUGGAGACAAGAAUUCAGAAAAGGUAAUCAAAAUUAUUGAUCUAGGAGAAGAAUCUACAGGAUCCAAACCAAUUGCUAAGGAGCCUUUAGAAAUUUCACAGAGUUUAAAAACAACUACAAAUAAAUCAGAAACAUUAAAAGAAAGUACAGAAUCUCAACAGAAUAUUAAAGCGCCUAUCACUAAAUCUGUAACAAGCAAAUCAGAACUACAUAAAGACAUAACAGAGAAUUCACAUUGUUCACUGACUGCUAAGGCAGUAGAAAACCAUAAUUCAUGGGAAUCACCAGAAAUUCCUUACCGUAAUCGAGCAGGUAAAUGGGCAAGGACAAAAGGCUCUUCCUACAUAUUUGAAGUAGGAAAAGAUCAUACAUACCUAAAUAUUGGUAUUUGGUGUAGAGACCCUUUCAAAGUAGGUGGGCUGGUUUGUUUGGGAUAUGAAAGUGUAAAACUUGAAGAUGUAGCUUUAGAUUGUAUAGCUACAUCCUCCAUGGAAUUCAUUAGGCUAUUCCGACUAAAUCCUCCUGCACCUAAAGCUGCAGUAACUAGAACAGCACUGCGUAGUUUGAUCUCACACAAAGGUUUCAAUGAAAAGUUUUGUUAUGGUGAUGUCACUAUACAUUUUAAAUAUUUAAAAGAGGGUGAACCUGAAGACACAAGUUUUCUGUUGGAAAAAGAGAAAGAAAAUAUUUCAGAAGAAACAGCAGCUCCUGUUUUUUCAAAAGAUGAUCCUUACUUUGGACAAAUUAGUUAUACUGAAAAUAGGCAUAAUUUCCAAGAUACUCAGUUUCAAAAUCCAACUUGGUGUGACUACUGCAAAAAGAAAGUUUGGACAAAAGCAGCAUCACAAUGUGUGGUUUGUGCAUAUGUUUGCCACAAAAAAUGUCAAGAAAAGUGUCUGACUGAUGCUCCCUUCUGUUUAGGAGCCACAAGACGACUUGAACAAGUUUCACCCCCUUUUAAAUUUGAAAACCAAGAUUCUCAGUCCACACCAGGAUCUCGUGUUGAUUCAGAAUUGAAAACUGCAAAUAAAGCAACGGGUCUAACAAGACACCUUCUUAAUACAAGCAGCCGAUUCUUAAGCCUUCGUCAAGUUCCUAAAGUUCGUAUUAAUGAGCAAGGACCUGAAGUGAUAGAACCUUCACCAAAGCAGACACCCCAUCCUUCUGAUAAUGAAGGUAGUGAUACAGAUACUGGUGGCCCUAGUAGCCCUUCCAAGCAAGUAACCACUCCAGGGAUUAAGUUAACAAGGAAGGAAGGAGGACUUGAUGAUAGUGUUUUCAUUGCAGUGAAAGAAAUUGGCCGAGACCUUUAUAGAGGUUUACCUACAGAAGAAAGAAUCCAGAAAUUAGAAAUUAUGUUGGAAAAACUUCAAUAUGAAAUAGACCAGGAACUGGAGAGCAACAAUUCCUUAAUUAGAGAAAAGAAAGAAGCAACAGAUGCAAGGAAAAAAAGGCUCUUGGCUGCUGCAUUGGCUAAAUCAGGUGAGAGGUUGCAAGCCCUGACACUCCUUAUGAUUCAUUAUAAAGCUGGCAUUGAAGAUAUAGAAGCUUUAGAAAAUACUGCUUUAGAACUUGGAUCUAGAAAAGAGGAUAAAGAUGAAGAAGACAACAAUUUAGUGGAAGAAACGGAUAAUGAAGAUGAGGCUGCUUUAGUAAUGGCACCAGUACUUGAAACCCUACUAAAAGAAGAAGAGAGACUUGAAUCCCAAAAUGCACCUGUAGACUGAUAUAGCACAGUUGGUCUUGCAAAUGAUAAACUGGGAAACACUUUGCACUUAAACUACAUCAGAUUCUUCAAAAUGUAAUUAAACACAGAUAAUAUAUACAAGCUGCUUCUCCAUUAUUUUCAAACCCAUGUAAGGAAAUGGCUUUUAUUUCCAGGUACAAUAUGAUUUUAUUUGGUUGAACCAUGUUAUGUUUAAAUAACAUUUUGGGACUUUAUACUAGAUGAUUUUUAAUUUAUUUGAACUUUUUUCUAAAAUGUAUUUCUAAAAUAUAUGGGGUGAAUUGCAAAAAAAAGAAAAAAAGCAUUCAGACAGAUGUUUUGUUGGAAUGAGUGAAGCAGCCACUUCCUCCAUGAGACUAAACACCUCUUUUGAAGGCUUUCUCAAGUCAUCUCCACAGACAUGUUCACACCCAGCUUACUUUCUGGCAGUCUCAAUGGAAAUGUUGUCUUCUAAACAGCACGGCUGCCUCUGUUUCAAAAAAAAGGCCUUUGUUCACACCAACAAACUUCCUGAAUUGCCUUUGAAUUGCUUUGCAGAGUUUCUGUUCUCGGGUUGUUUUUGUUUUUUUGUUUUGUUUUGUUCCUUUCAUUAUUCAGUUUUAAAGCUUUGCAUUUUUAUUUUGUGUUCAAAUGAGAACUACUGCAGCAGCUGCUGACGGGCCAGUUUUGAAGAUUUUUGUUAUACCUUGCCAUUUGCUUAUUCAGUAUCUUUUGGAAAGGGGAUAGUGAGUUUCAGGUGUUUUUUGUUUUUCUUUUGCCAAUGAUGCAUUAUAAAUAACAUGCCUUUAUUUCCAAUUAUUUGAUAACGUUAGCAUUCCAGUGUCUGAUUUCUCUGAUUUUCUUUCAUAGAGAAGUCUGAAUUUUUGAAAAGGCAAUUUACAUUUUACUCUUUCCUUCUGUGAAUUUAUUAGAAUCUUUAGCAGGGAAGACGUUUAAAGCACAUAUCACUGAAACAACUGUCAUCAGGUUCUAAUUUUCCCAUUCAAAAACACCGAUAGGCAUUACUUUUUGCCUAUACACAUGUUUAUAGAAAUGUAUUGAGAAUGUGCCACAGAUUUUUCUUUGUUCCUGUAACUAGAUGGAAGCUUUAUAGAACAUACUUUUCUAUAAUGUAAUAAUGUUAAGCACCCAUUAGAAAAUUUAAAAUUUAAAUGGUAACCUUACCAGAUUUAUUUUUUGCAAAGAAUCUAAAUAUUAAGAAUUAAUAUGUAAAAGGAUUUUAAAGUUAACACUAAACUGAUUUAUUCUCUGAUGGUUCUGGUGACAAAAAAAUAAAAGUAAAAAUGAAAUGCUCAGCAACUUAAGAUUGCCCCGGUAGCCCUCACCCACCCAUUGAAUCCUAAGCCCAGCAACACUAAAAAUCAAUUGAUCUGAGAUGAGGAUUGUUAGUUAGGGUUAUCUUAAUGUUUCAUACCCAUAUUUCUUAAUGUUUUAUUUUUAUGUGCUUAUCAUUUUUGGCAUUGUAUUAUGUGCUCAUCAUUUUUGGCAUUGUAUUAUAAAAUAAUUUUAUAAAACUAAAUAAAAAGAUAGCAUUCUGCAUUACUUCUACUUGACUAACAAGCAACCACUUAUGCUACUGCAUAGAAAUUUUUUGCUAUUAUAAUGGGAGUGAACGUCCUAACAUUUUUAACUUUACAACUUGUCCUUACAAUAAAAAAGUAAAAUAGUUCAACAGAACAGCUGCCAAAUUGACAUAAUCCAUAUUUUUUUAAAAAGAUAAAACAAUUUUAGGUAUUUUCCCAAAUGAACCAAUAAUAUUCAAUCAACAUUAUAUUUAAGGAAUAUUAUCUUUCAGCUUAACAAAAGUUUGCAUAAACUAGGACAUUUUCCCUUUAGUUUCUGUCCAGAUAUUAACUUGCAGAUCAGAAUACAAUGACAGAAAUACUACAGAUAUUAGGUUUACUAAGCUAACAUCAUAUAAUAGUUACCUGUUUAUGAAAGAGGCAUGAAAAGUUGAGUAUCAGUACUCUACUAUGAUGAUUGUAUAAUGUAAGUUAAAUAUAGUGCAAUAUUCUAACCAUUGCGUGAGAAUGGCAGCAAAAUAAUAGUAUAGUAGCAUCAAGGAAAACAUAUAAAGCAUAGAAUUAUAAUAAAUACUGUUUUUAAGAAGAACUAUUGAUACAUUCCUUUUAUAUCUUUUGCUUCUCUGCUUUACUAUACACAGCUGAAAAUAAUAAAUACCACUGGAUGCAAGACUAUCUUGAUGUGGUGGUAUGUUAUUACUUGACACUAACAUAUAUUUAUGGAAAUCUGCCUGAGAUGAUUGUCAGAUGAUUUUAUCAUGAAAACAAGCUUUAAUAAAAGUUUUUAAAUAAA